AAUGUGCUGUUUGCCUGGAAGUAAGUAGCAGACGAGGAGAAGCAAAGAGAAUGUGUUGAUGAACGAGAACCAACACAGAGUAUAAAGGGUGCUGUGUGACUGGAAAUAGCUAAGGAGAAGAAGCAAAGAGAUUGUGUUGUUGAACCAGAACUUUUCCAGCCAUGGAUUCCAGCUGUAAUCCUAAAAUCACUAUCACCAAUGUGGUGGCAACCUUCAAGACCAAGUGUCCCCUCAACAUGCACUUCAUCGCUUCAAAGGGACACAACGUCAUCUUUCAGCAACAAAGAGGGAAAGUCAUGAUGAAGCUUCGAAAGCCCAUGAUAACAGCAACCAUUUCGCCCUCAGGAGGUAUCGCCUGUGCUGGAGCAAAGAGUGAGGCUGAUGCAAAGAUGGGCGCUCGCAGAGUUGCACGCUAUCUCCAAAAACUGGGCUACAAAGUGAAGUUUUCACACUUCAGAGUUGUGAAUGUGCUUGCAGUUUACAGUUUUCCUUUUCAUAUCUGCCUCACACGCCUUGUGACAGAAAAUAAACUCUCUGUGACAUACGAACCGGAGCUCUUUCCUGCAGCUGCCACAUACAGAGUCACAAAUCCCAAAGCAACUCUCCAAGUUUACUUUACCGGUAAGAUCAUAGUUGCGGGACCAAAUGUGCGGGAUGUGACCACAGGGUUUAAGCAAGGCUACCCUCUUCUGUUGAAGUAUAAGACAAACAGUGUUGAACAGAAGAAGAUGACGAAGCCUGACACUAAAACAAGAAAGAGGACUGAUGACAUCCUUACAGUUUCAGACACAGAAAUACAAGGAGAGCAAGCAGAGAAGAGAAGGUGGUUGUUGAUGCAGUAUAAUGGAAACCAACCAGGCCAACAGUUUCUAGUAAGGAUAGGUGGAAAGAUUUUCAGUGUGCCGAGAUGGUUGCUGGACCGCUGGGGCUGGAGAGUGAUGCAGCCUAAUGAGUGAGACAGAAGACAACAUGAAGUGUACAUUUUCAAACAUACUGUCUAUAUGGGCUGUACAUGCAAAGAGAGCUUUAUUGUUACUGAAUAAAAUACAAAUCAGAAGAGUGAUAUCCUGGUCAGUGUAUUAUUCAGAAAUCUGCAA